AUGUUUGAAUACAAAAAAAUAAGUAAAAAUACAAAAAGCACUAAAUCAACUUCAGAUCUUAAUUGCUCAUUUGAUGGUUGUAUAGAUAUCAUUAUCAUAUUUUAGUAAGCAUUUAGAUUGGAUGGUUAGUUGAGGAGUUGGAUCAAAAAAAUAAUUGGAUAAUGAGUUGA